AAUUUACAUUAGUAAAUAUAUUGCAGAUACCUAUAAAAUUAUUAAUUACAUUGUCAAAAUACAUGUAUUUAGUGUUCUUGUAUUUGAUUAUUUUUUCCGGUAAUCCCGUUGUCAGUAUAAGGUUGUUUUUAAAUCUAUGGAAUGAAUAUUUUUCAAGGCGACGCAACUAAUGCAAUACCUAUAUUAUUAAUUGUUGGAAGUCUUAUAUAUCAUAUGGUGAUUGCGGAAACGAAGUAUUUAUUAUAAAUCACGGUUUAUACGCCCGUCAUCUAAUAAGACUAAAUUUCAUUACAAUAUUUUUGUUACUCAGAAGAGCUUUGCAAAUAUAUUUUCUCAUAGUAUAAACUUCGUAUUCUUGGAUUUGCAAAUUUAUAUAAAUUCGUGAGUGCAUACAUUGUAUUAAAGAGUAACUAGAUGGAUAACGAUACUACAAGCUUUUUGAAACCUGUUCUACCUCAUGUCUUCAAAGCUAUUAAAAAUGUUGAUAUUGAAACCCUAAUGAAAUGUUCACCUGAUGAAAUAAGACCUAUAAUACCAUGUUUAGUGCGCAUGGCUCUAAUAUCUCCUCUGGAUGUUACAAGUUAUUGCACUGAAGCUAAGAAAGACAUACUGACACUGUUGUCAGGUAUUGAUUUGGUAAAUUUUAUUGUCUCUCUUCUAUCAAUAGAAUUUCAUACACUUGAAGUAGAUCUAAAAAAGGAACAGCAAAUGAGACAAAAAAAUGGAUCACAAUGCACUGAAUCCUUCUUGAUUCCAAAGGUGGUUAUUGGUAUAGCAAAUGACUUUGAAAGAUCAGACUCGGCUCGUCGUUUGCGAUUAGUUCUAUCUGAAAUUCUACAAAUGCAAGCUCAAUUAACUGAAUACAAUCAAAAUAAAAUCUCCAAUAUGGAGUGCACCGUCAAACCCUCAGAAUUAUUCGAUAAUGAUGUUUAUUUGGAGGAGAUCACAGAUGUUAUAUGUAUUAGUUUAGCAGAGUUACCAAAUUUACUGAACAUUUGUGAUAUUGUUGAAGUUUUACUGCAUGUGAAUAAGGGACCGAUUAUAAUUUCAUGGGUUGUUGCUAACAUGCCAGAUACAUUACAAGAAGUGGCCGAGUCAUUAGUAUUGAAUGCAGAAAGAGGUGAAGAAGGUGGCAUAAGAGCAAAAACACUGUCUACUCUUUGUGAUGCCUGCCCAUACAUAGCAGCUUCUAUAAGAUCCAAGGCAGCUGCAGCAUCACGUCUUCCCUCCUUAAUUAUAAAUCUCACCUUAAUACACCAUCAAGAUGAUCUGGUAUCAUUUAUGUCAGGACUUUUGCUUGGUUCUGAUCAAACUACUAGAGCCUGGUUUGCAACAUUUCUACGCAAUUCUCACAAAAGAGGCAAAGGUGAUGGCCAUACAUCACUUACAAAACUUCGCAUUGAACUCUUGAACAGGCUAAAAGAAGCAACUGCUGGUGUUAAUGCUUCUGCAUUGCUAAGGCUAUAUUGUGCUCUUAGAGGUAUAGCAGGAAUAAAAUUCCAAGAUGAUGAGGUUGCAGGACUUUUGAGAUUGGUCACGCAAAAACCGCCUCCAACACCAGCUGGGGUCAGAUUUGUUUCUUUGAGUCUUUGUAUGAUUCUGGCUUGUCCGUCAUUAAUGGCUGCCGCUGAACAUGAAAAAAGAGCUAUAGAGUGGGUGCAAUGGCUAGUUAAAGAAGAAGCAUACUUUGAAAGCAAUUCUGGUAUAACAGCGUCUUUUGGCGAAAUGUUGCUAUUAAUAGCAAUUCAUUUCCAUUCUGGACAAUUAGCAGCUGUUGGUGAAUUAGUCUGUGCAACACUUGGUAUGCGCGUCCCUGUACGGCCUAAUGGACUCGCCCGCAUCAAACAAGCUUUCACACAAGAAAUUUUUACUGAGCAGGUUGUUACUGCUCAUGCUGUGAAGGUACCAGUAACGGCUAAUCUUAACAGUAACAUAGCUGGAUAUUUACCAGUACAUUGUAUUCAUCAAUUACUGAAAUCUAGGGCAUUUUCAAAGCACAAAGUUCCAAUAAAAAAAUGGAUAUAUCGUCAAAUUUGUAAUUGUACAGCACCUUUGCAUCCUGUUAUGCCAGCACUGGUUGAAGUUUAUGUGAACUCCAUACUUGUCAUUAAUAACAAAGGCACAAAUGAAUAUGUAAAUAAACCAAUCACUGAAGAGGAAAUUAGAAAAGUUUUUAGGAACUCGAUCUUUGGAGCCAACUUUGAUAUACAAAAUAAACCUUUUAAUCCAAUGGAGAUAGAUAACGCAGAAGCCUCUAUAGAAAUUAAUAUAGAUAAACCUACAUUAGCUGCUCAACUACUUCUUAUAUAUUAUCUUUUACUCUACGAAGAUGUCAGACUAUCCAAUACAGCUACACUUAUUGCCAAUGGAAGAAAAGUGAAAAGUUAUUCUGCAGCAUUUUUGUCUGAAUUACCUAUAAAAUAUUUACUGCAUCAAGCCCAGAAAGAUCAGAUGAGUUAUGGGUGUCUGUUUAGUCCCCUCCUUCGUUUACUGGCUACUCAUUUUCCACAACUGUCCCUUGUUGACGACUGGAUGGAUGAUCAAGUAUUUGGAGAUACAUGCCGCCAUCAAGUUGAUGUCAACUUAUCGGAAGCUGCUAUAAAUGAAGCUUUCCAGAGUAUUGAAGAAAACCCUUAUAAAACUGGCAAAAUUUUAAAAGCUAUGCUGAAUAAAAAUCCUACCGACAUCUGGCCCUUCGCAGAGGUUUUUGUGAAAUAUUUUAAGAGUGUACUUGGUGACCAAGUCCCAAGGCACAUACAAGAAUUGUAUCGUGAAGUUUGGCUGCGUCUUAACACAGUUUUGCCGCGAUGUCUUUGGAUAAUGACAAUAAAUGCUUUAUUGGAUAUAAACGGAAAUGUCAGAAAUGUUACCAUCACACAGGAAAAUGUUUUAGUUGAUCCUUUACAAGUACUAAGGUGUGACAUACGAGUAUUCAGGUGUGGCCCCAUAUUGAAGAUUAUUUUACGAAUUUUGGAGGCAAGCCUAGCAGCAUCAAGAAGCCAACUUAGUCGGCAUUUGCUAGAUAAACCUCUUCUUGAAAAAAGUGGCCAAUUGACUUCGGAUUCUGAAAGAGAUGAAUUAAAGAACGCUUUAGUCGCUGCACAAGAGAGUGCGGCAUUACAAAUUUUGCUUGAAGCAUGUCUCGAAACGUCAGAAGAUGAAAAUAAACCAGAAUUGAUGUGGUCCUUGCGUGAAGUGAGAAGCGUUAUUUGCUCAUUUCUUCAUCAAAUUUUUAUAUCAGAACCUUCAUUAGCCAAGCUAGUGCAUUUUCAAGGAUAUCCACGAGAACUUAUCCCUGUCACUGUGCAGGGUAUUCCUUCCAUGCACAUAUGCUUGGAUUUUAUACCAGAACUUCUUAGCCAGGCAUCACUAGAGAAGCAGAUAUUUGCUGUAGAUUUAGUAUCACAUUUAUCAAUCCAAUAUGCUUUACCGAAAGCCAUGUCAAUUGCCAGACUAUGUAUAAAUACUCUUUCAACCUUACUGUCAGUGCUUCCAAGUGACUUGCGCUUGGAACUUUUUCAGCCUAUUUUAAAGUCAUUGGUACGUAUUUGUACUGCAUUCCCUUCACUUUUAGAAGAUAUUACAUCAUUACUAUUACAACUAGGACGGAUAUGUGAGUCACAAGCUUCCCUUGGCCAUUGUUGGAAUGAUACAAACAUAUUGGGUGAGAGUGCUUAUGUGGCAUCAGAUAUUCAACCUAAGACAAAGGUUUUAAUUGCAGAGGUUUUAUGUAGAGACAUUAAGUUAACAAUUGCUGAAAUUAUACAAAAAGCUCUUUUAAAUGAUAAAAUUUAUUAGUUACCUACAUAUUUUAGUAUAAUAAACCCUAACCAUUUUAAACAUAUUGUUU